GGCGACAGAGACCCAGAAAGCGAAACACCCGCUCCGAAGACGGUCGGAACGCAAGGUCGAGCCGGUGAAGCCGACGAAAUGAUGUCCCUCGCUGCGAGGUCGGGGGCUUUCUCCCCGUAUCUUCAGGCCACGGCGUAUACCGUCGCCGGUCCGCUGAAAGCUCUGGUGCCCGGUGUCGUCGUCAAGGGGGAAAAGAUCGUGUUAAGCCCGAAGACGCCGAUCUUGUGUCGCGAGUCCCUGAGCGGCCAGAGCCCGAGGACCGGGCCUGCGGUGACUGUGGGCAUUAACGUGGCUGCAGGAGUGCGUUUCGCCCACACGGACAUCAAAGUGCCAGACUUUUCCGACUACCGACGUCCGGAUGUUCAGGAUGCAAACAAGUCCUCGCAGGACAGCAGCGAGGCCAGACGGACUUUCUCGUACCUCCUCACAGGCGCCACGACAGUGGUGGGAGUGUACGCCGCCAAGACGGUGGUCACUCAGUUUCUGUCCUCCAUGAGCGCUUCGGCCGACGUCCUGGCUCUGUCCAAGAUCGAGAUCAAGCUGAGCGACAUCCCCGAGGGCAAAAACAUGACCUUCAAAUGGAGAGGGAAGCCGCUGUUCGUCCGCCAUCGCACAGAGAAGGAGAUCGCUGCGGAGGAGGCAGUCAACCUCGCCGAGUUGCGAGACCCCCAGCACGACAAGGACCGCGUGGUCAACCCCAGCUGGGUCAUCGUUCUGGGCGUCUGCACCCACCUCGGCUGCGUGCCCAUCGCCAACGCCGGCGACUACGGAGGCUACUACUGCCCCUGCCACGGCUCCCACUACGAUGCUUCUGGACGGAUCCGCAAAGGACCCGCCCCGCUGAACCUGGAGGUCCCUUACUACGAGUUUCCUGAUGACGACACUGUGAUUGUCGGGUGAAUGACCAACCUCCAGACUGAGUCUCAGCUGUAGAAUGAAGUCUGAAGCUCAGAAGCACUGACGCUGCUGUGUUUCUGCCUCAGACUCGUGUGUCCUUUUAUUCACAUCGAUCAACUGGACACGGCUGAUAUUUAACUUCCUCCAGAACUGUUUGUCUGACAUGGAUAUGAAUAAAAAUAACUUUAAAAAAAGAU